UAUAACGUCACAGAACACGAGACAAACAUGGAGGGAAAGACACCGGACGUGUCCUCAACAACGCCAAAACCUCUUACACCUGCUCAGAAACAGCUCCUCAAGAGACAGCAGGAUCUGGAAUACUUUAAGAGGCACUCAAAACAACUGCGAAGCCGUAAUCUGAUUACGGGCCUGACCAUCGGAGCCUUUGUGGUGGGCAUAUUCAGCUACACUAUUCUCUCAGUCAGGCAGGAGAGAAUGAUGGAUGAGAUUGAUAAUGAAGCAAAAGUCUAUGUCAUGAAAGGGCCCCGGACGGGGGCCAACUCUUAGACGAUCCUCGCAGUGAUGCCAACUUUGUAAUCUUGGCAGGACACUUGUCUGAGACUGUGGAUCAAUGAAUAUAUUUUUCUGUGGCCACAUGAUAUGGUACAAAGCAAAAUGCUCUAGUACUUGUUAACUGUGUUUUUCACAAAGGAAUGGUUUCAUUAUAUAUUUAUUGAUUUUAAUCAUUCCUUGUCUGCUUUUUCUUAUGUUAGUUGUGACUUAAAAAUAAAAUGAAAAAUGAAUACUGAA